AUGCGUUGCACGUUAUUCCCUAUCAAUCAUCACAAAAGAAAAAUGUUAGGUAAUAUUACUAAAAAAUAUCAGAAAAUAUUACAACAACAAAUACAGAGUCAAUCUGAUAUUGACCAGUGUAAAUUAUAUUACGAAGUUGCGGGAGGAGAAAAGAAACGAAGAGUAUAUGAUCUUGGAUCUCAAGCAAAAUGCUACUACGGGCCGAAUCUUCAUGACUCUUUUGGAUCUGAUGAAACAUCCUCAACAACACCUUCAAAUGCUCAAUCAACACCGAUAGGAAAUAUGGAUGAGUUAGUGACACGGAUGAUUCAUGUACUGACAGAUCAUAUAGUUCGUGUAAUCGUUGAGCGGGUAUGCGAAUUAGUUUCUUUACCAUCGCAUCAGCCAAAUAUUGAUCUUACCAACCACCCAUCAGAUGUGGCACCUACAGUUCCUACUUCUUCUGUUGCUGCUAACAUAAAUGAGGUUCAUGCAUUGGGUUCUGACGAUGACCAUGACUCUCUGGCCUCGCAUAGUUAG